AUGGAACAAGUGGAUGAAUCUCACAAUACUGAGAGUAUAUGGGAAGAAGAGGAUGAUAUUUGGGGAGAUGAAGAAGAUGUUAAUGGAACAUUAAUACAAAAUAGAGAAAUAGAAAGAACCCAUCAUAAACAAGGAUACCUCGAUGGAUUAAGUAAUGCUAAAGAACUGAGUCUUCAAGAUGGAUUCGAUGAAGGUUUCCCUUCAGGUGCAAAAUUAGGUACAGAAGUAGGUAGAAUGUUAUCUAUAUUAUUAUGCUAUGAUAAGAACCUUUUUGAACAAUGUAAGAAAGAAUUAGGAAUUAAUAAAGUUUUGGACAAGAAAUAUUUUGAUGAGGAUUUAAAUAUCCUUAAUCAUGAAUUGAUUAAUAAAUGGCAAAAUAUUGCUAAUGACUUGUAA